AUGGCCUCUCUCGACGACAUCUGGGACGCUCCGGCCGAGUCUGCUUCCACUGCGCCCCCGUCUGCACCUAUACUCAUUGACGAUGACGACGACGACUCGACGAGCCACCCCAAACCCCCCGCCCGGCCACGCUCAACCUUGUUUCUCGACUCCGGCUCCGAGGACGACGCUCCCUCCACCUCCAAGACACACUACGCGUCCAGGCCCGGCUCGUCCAAGCCCGACAUCGACGCCUUCUUUGACGACCUUGACGACCCGGAGACUGCGUUCCAGGCGCUCGCGCCCUCCCUCGACGUCGACACCCUGAAGCGACAAGCAGGCGCGAACCUCCCUCCGCUCACUCCCCACCAGAUCCUCCCAAGCAGCUCGCCCCCGCGCGACCUCGGAGGCGACAAGGCUGGAGCAAAGUCGAAGGCGGAUGGACGGAAGGGCGAGAAGGGCACGACGACCGCGCGGAAGAAACGGCCGGUCCUGGACGAGGGGCGGCUCCUUGGGCCCCAGGGGUUCCCUGCGCUCAUGAAGCAGACGAAGAAUUUCAAGCCCAAGGGCAAGGGCCACGAGCUGUCCGACCUCAACAGGCUCCUGACCGUGUACCACUUCUGGGCGCACGAGAUGUACCCGAACGCCCAGUUCAUAGACACGGUCCAGCGCGUCGAGAAGCUCUGCCACUCGAAGCGCAUGCACGUCGCGCUCGGUGUCUGGCGAGACGAAGCCAAGGGCCUCAUCAACGGCCACAAGCUCCCCGACCCGAACGCCUCCGACGACAGCUCCGACAGCGACACCGACAAGGAGGACCCCCAUGCCGCCCCUGCCACAGACGUCCCCGUCGCGACCGAGGACGAGCGUUCCUCCCCCGCGCCCUCCCGCGGCCCCUCGCUGCCGCCCACGUCCGCGUCGGAGGGCGGGCUCGACGACGACUUCGACAUCGACGCCAUGAUCGCCGAGGACGAAGCGGCCCGCGCUCGAGCACCCAUUGACACCCGCUCCCGCCCGCAACCGACGGGCGCACCCGCCACCGCAGACGAAGACGAGGAGAUGUGGGACGCGGUCAUGGCCGACUUCCCGGACGAGCCGUACGUCCCUCCCGACCGCCAGCCCCGCGCGCCCGCGGCGAAACCGCCCGUACGGGCACAGGCUGCGCACGAGGGCGAGGACGAGGACAUGUGGGACAUCGUGAGGGAGAUGGAGGCGGAAGCUGCGGCCAAGGUGGCGGCAGGCGAUCCCCCCUCAGACGGGCCGCCAUCUGGGGGAACGACCGGUCUGGCUGGCGUGGACCCUACGCGGCCGGCGUCGAACGACGAGGGUUGGGAUGAGAUGUAUGCUUAG